AUGGAACAAAUCGGCAUUUCUAGAAGAGAACAAUCGCUUUCUCCAAGAAGUGCUGGCCAGCGUGAAAUCCGUGAUAGUCGUGAUAGUCGUGAUAGUCGUGGUUCUUAUGGUAGAAGCGGUUAUCGUGAUGAUAGAGGAUAUCGCGACUAUCGAGACUAUCCUUAUCCUUACGAAAGAAGAGGCCCUCCGAGGAGAACUAAACCAAUUGAUCGUGGCACUGAAAAAGAAAGGAGCGAUACAACGACACUUUAUGUUGGCAAUAUACCAUAUACAUUUCAUGAGAAUGAUGUGGCUGAUAUGUUUGAAAGAUAUGGUCGGUUGAGGAAAGUCACCGUUCAAAUUGAUAAUUAUACUGGAAGAAAUAAAGGAUUCGCCUUUGUAGAAUUUGAAGAUAGGAAAGAUGCAGAAGAUGCGUAUGAUAAAUAUUAUGGUUCCAAUAUUGAAGGUCGUAGAUUAAAGUUAGAUUGGGAUAUUGGGUUAUCUAGAAAAGAUCAACACCGUAAAGAAAAAACUGGUGUUUAUACUGCAGUUAUGAAAGAUGUAAUUGAAAAUGUGAAAAAAGACUUUAAAGACAGUGGAAUUGAUGAAGCAGUUUUAUAUGAACUAGAGCGCAAUUGGCUACAAAAACUUAAAAGUUUCAAGGUUGCAUCUUGGAAUCAUAUUGAUGGAAAUGUAGGAGAGGAGACUAAUGGCAAUACAACAAAUGUACCAUUUAUUCUACCCGCUACAACUACAGAAUCAACUAAUGUUUCAUUAAAAUACCCAUCAAAUGAAUUUGAAAAGCCACCCCCAGCAGCUGCAGAUCUUCCAACUCUUGCAAUCAAUUCUGAUGCUACUUCUAAUGGAAUGAGAAAACCCCAAUCUUAUAUGAAAAAAAGAAAAGAUAGCACCACUAAAAGGAAAUCGUAUGUUGAUGGAGACGAUAUCAAUUCUGAUCUUGAUGAUUCAGAUGAGGAUGAAGCAGCUGCUGAAGGAGAAUUUCAAAAUAUCAUUUUAUGUUUAUACGAUAAGGUGAAAUAA